AGAACACCCCUACAUGCACAGUUAGAUAUCAUCCUAUUACUUAACAGCAGCCCUGGCCUGAUGUUCCUCUGAAGACAUAGCUCGGUCAUGUAUAGAACGUAAGGACAGGAAAUAAAGCACGCUCCUCCUGGUACUGGCACAGUGCGUAACAGGGAAGUAAGCCUAAGCCUAACCUACUUUCUACUGUUGUUAAAAGUUGUCCGUGUUGAACUGCACGGGGCUCCGAGUUGAUUUCUCUUCGGUUAAAACGACGGAAACUGUCCAGCUUUUAAGAGACAAAAGUCAGCGUUAAAGUGAGUGAUGAAGGCAGGAAAUGUUCAGUAGGAUAUCGGCCUGGGGGAGGAUUUAUGAGACAUAGGAGGAGGAAGAGGCGACGGAGUAGAGCGUUUUUCAAUGUUUUGAAAUUAUAUCUUUCUGAAGCACUUCUUGAUCAUGGCCCAAUGGAUACACAUGUCCCAGAUGAUACAGUGCCUGCCUGAUGACACCUUAAAUAACCUCUAUCCCCCAUCCGCCUUCCCUAUUGAAGUCAGACAUUUUUUAGCUGAAUGGAUUGAGAGCCAAAGAUGGGACGACUUUGUGCCGGAAAAUGUGGAGCAGCAGAGCAAGGCUCAGACUCUGUUGGACCAGACUAUCAGCAUGCUGCAAUCGAUUGCUCAUCAGAACGCCAAUGUGGUGGACAGGAUGAAGCUGAUGAAUAUGAGCAGGAACAUGGCCAUGUUUCAGCAGCAGCCUCUACAGUUUGGAGUGCUGGUCAGGGAGAUCCUCAAAAAGGAGAGGGUUCUUCUCGCCACGCGUGCUCCGGUGCCCAACCCUCCACAGUACCAACAGUACCCGAAUACAGAGUCCUCGUUCCCUAACAUGCAGGAUGUAGACCACCUGGUUCUAAAGGUGCUGGAGGUCCAGGACAUCCGACAAAAGAUGCACCAGCUGCAAGAAGAGCUCAACUGGGAGAGGCAGAACUAUGAGGAAUUACAAGGGCCGAUCCAACAGAAUGGACUGGAUCCCGCAAAAUCAGAAAUCCAAAAACUCCAGAAUCACAUCCAGCAGCUAGAGUACAAUGUGAAAGCAUUGUCCACGAAGCGUUUCCAGCUGCUCAAGGAGUGUGUGGACUGUCUGGACCAGUGUCAGACCCGACUGAUCAGCAGGCUGAAGGUGUGGAGGUGGGAGCAACACAAGGCCGCUAUCGGACAACCCUUUGACGACAACCUCAACCCCCUGCAGACCUGGUGUGAGCAGCUGCUUGGCGUGAAUGGGAAGCUGAGACAGGAGUUGAUGCUUAUAGGGGAACCGAUCCCAGAGCUCCAGGAAAGGCUGGGGCAACUUCUGCAGGUCCUGAUUCAAAGCUCUCUUGUAGUAGACAAGCAGCCCCCUCAGGUCAUUAAGACUCAGUCAAAGUUCUCGACAACAGUGCGAUAUCUUCUGGGGGAAAAAGUUGCUCCCGGGAAGCCUGUGGUGCUGAAGGCGCAAAUCAUUAAUGAACUGCAGGCCAGGAGCCUGGGCAGUGUACCUGGUGAUAAUGUUGGGGAACUGAUCAACAAUACAGCCAUCCUAGAACACAACACAACCAGCAAGAGCACAUGUGCCACAUUCAGGAAUAUGUCCAUCAAGAAGAUCAAGCGAGCAGACAGAAAGGGAUCAGAGUCUGUGACCGAGGAGAAAUUUGCUCUCCUGUUCUCAACAGAGAUCACCAUUACAGGCUGUGACACUCCCUAUAGGAUACAGAUGAUCUCACUUCCGGUGGUCGUCAUUGUCCACGGUAGUCAAGACAACAACGCUCUGGCCACCAUCAUAUGGGACUGUGCUUUUUCUGAACCAGACAGAGUGCCAUUCAUGGUGCCCGAGCGUGUGCCCUGGGGGAUGAUGUACAGCACUCUCAACAGUAAAUUCACUGCUGAGGUCCAGACACAUCACAAUCUGGACCACUACAACCAGCACUUCUUGGCCCAGAAGAUAUUUGACAAGCCUGACUUUGCCGACGACUUCAGCAACAUGAUGGUUUCCUGGGCACAGUUUAAUAAGGAGGUUCUCCCGGGUCGACCGUUCACUUUCUGGCAGUGGUUUGAGGGAGUGAUGGAGCUGACUAAGAAGCACCUGAAGACCUACUGGAGCGAAGGGCUAAUAUUUGGUUUCAUUGGGAAGCAGCAUCUACACCUGAUUCUCAAAGACAGGCCCAACGGAACAUUCUUGCUUCGCUUUAGUGACUCUGAGAUUGGAGGCAUCACCAUUGCAUAUGUGUCCGCUACUGAGAAUGGGGGACAGAAAAUCCAGAACAUCCAGCCCUUCACCAAGAGAGAUCUUGAGAUCCGUAGCCUUGGUGACCGCAUCCGUGACAUCAACCACAUAACAUACCUGUAUCCUGAAUUUCCUAAACAUGAAGUUUUCAAAAAAUUUUACUCAGAACCUCAAGCGUCACCCGUUGGGGGCUAUAUCCCUGUGUCUCUCCAUACUAAAGUCGGCACGGAAGCUGGCUCAACCUCACCCCCGGCUUCCAAUAUGACACAAGUUUCUGAAAGCCCUCGCAGUACUGGUGGCUUCUCUGGAGACCCAACAUUCCCCCAUGAGCAAGCCCCGGCGACGGCAGGGAGAAACUCCUCUUUAACGGGGAGAAACCUCGAACCAGGCUCUAGGCAUCAGUUCCCGCAGCCAUUCAGCCCGCAGGAGUCUAUCAAUCAAGACAUAAUGGAAGAAAAUUCUACUGUUGGCUUCCCUGAACCCAUUUCCACAGAUAACAAUAUGGAUCUAGAUUUUGACACCAUUCUCCAGACUCUUCAUCAAUAGGAGGAUAUUCCAUCAAAGUUGUUCUUGGAGUGCAAAGCAGCCAUCGGAUAGAGACCGGAGCCAAAGUGGUCCGUCAUACAUUCAUAUGAAAAAAGCGCCAUUGUUUGAGCAAACUUUUUUUCCCUUCACUUUUAUGAUCCAUCUACAGAUUCAUCUACUUUUGAAUAAAAACAAAUGGGAUUUCUCUGGGACUCAACAUGUUAAGCUUGUGCUACGUGAAAGCAGGAAAUCAUUUUAAGGACAAAGUCAAACUGAGGACAAACGAAAAGAACGAAAAGUGAUGCCAUCGCUGUGCACCUCCUUUAAAAACCUGUUCUCUCUCUCUCUGUGGUAAGUGUGUUUAUGUUGUUGAUUGCCACUCAGUGGUCAGCCACCAGAGAUGAUUUUUUUAAGGUAAUGUCAUCCUCUGUCCUUGUUGCAUGCUUUUCUUAAGCCAUGAUGAGGCAAGCAUAUAAAGAAUAGAAUUUCCCUAUUGUAUAUUACCCUUCCUUAUAAUGGCUUAGCCUCAGCUAUAGUAUAUUAUUCACCCAAUCUUACAGUUACACUCAGUACGGCUGGUAAAGACUUAGCCAACGUUUAUGAGCCUAUGCGUUCUGCGGCAUAAUGAGGAUUAGGAACAUGAAAGGAUCAAUAGGCUUUUCCAUCAUUGUUUACUGUGAAACUAUUCCACAUUGAUGGACACUUACAAUGCAACAGAUGGCAGAAGUGGUGGUGGGAAAUGCUUGUAUUACAUCUGCCUACUAAAAAACUUAAUUGUGUGUAUUUUCUGUUAUAUGUUUUUAAAGAUUUUUUCUGUAAAUCUCAGACAAUUACGUUUUGCCUUUUUCCCUUAAGAAUGCAUCAAAUAUUGACUAAUUGCUCUCAUGCAAGAACAUUAUCAGUAUCUGUCUUCAGUCUUUGGAGUUACACAACUCAUAAAUAUAGUAAAUAGUAAAUGAUCAACCAUACAUACAUUUCCAUACCUUUAAUCCGCUGUAAAUUCUCAAAUUAGAUGUUAUUUCAUGUGACUAUAUAUAUUUUAGUUUGGAGUCACACAUAUCCUGUUAAUAUGACAUUCAAUGUUUUUCGGUGUUGGAGAAUAACAUGUUAGGCAUAUAGAGUAAAGUAAUUAUAAUUGCAAAUAAUAUGUAACAUUACAGGGUAAAGAACAAUAUUAUAACAUGCGGGGCAGUAUCUUUGCUUUGUGGGAGCUCUAAAUCUUUUAGCUGCUUUUAUCCAUAUCAAAACCAAUCUUCCUCAUUAACCAACUUUUGGUUUUAUAAGCUUUGCACUACUAUCACUGUCAAUGCUGUGCAUGAAAUAAUAUAUCGGUGUGUUGUAUGUACCAUGUUGCAUGUAUGUUUACCAGAUGAAAACAUUUUAUAUCUUGAGGAUUGACUGUUUGAUAAAUCACCCCGAGGCUACUUCUACAAUCCAUAUAAUGUUUCAACUAUGGUGACAAAUAAAUUCUUAGUUUUUCUCAAUA